AUGGUUGAAAUUCCAGAAAAGAGGAUUACUAAAAGAGUUGUGUUAUCGGCUGCCCUAGGAUUAUUUGACCCUAUUGUGAUAACAUAUCCCGUUUCAAUGUUACCUAAAGUAUUGCUUCCAAACAUUUGGAAGAGGAAAAUUGAUUGGGACGAUGUACUUCCAAUAGAUAUAUCAAAUAGAAUUUUAGCCUGGGUCAAGGAACCAUCUUUACUGAAAGAAUGUAAGAUUCCACAGAGACUCGUCUCAGGUCCAUUUGAAGAUUGCCGAAUAAGUCUACAUUGUUUCUGUGAUGCCAGUGAAGUUUCCUAUGCUGCCUGUAUUUUCUUACGUUCUGAAUUUAAUGAGAAGAUUUCAGUCAAGUUAGUAACGAGUAAGUCAAGAGUGGCACCUACCAAAGAGAAUACAAUUCCUAGAUUAGAACUCUUGGGGAGCUUUGAUCUUAUCAACAUCAUAUGGUCAAGUCGUAGACAACUGGAAUUGAAAGACAAUACAGUGUAUUUUUGGACUGAUUCAACUCUUGCUUUAACUUGGAUCAAAAGAGAGAAUUUUUGGAAUACGUUUGUAGGAAACAGAGUCACAGAAAUAAGAAAGAAUACUAACUCGAAUGACUGGCAUUUUGUGCCAGGGCAUAUGGACCUAGCAGAUUUGCCUUUAAGAGGUUGUGAUGCUAAGAACUUAUUGAAAAACAAAUGGUGGGGAGGUCCAGAAUGGUUAUGGAAGUCACAAGAAUUUUGGCCAUUAAGUGGAAAACAAGUUAUUGAUGAAAAUUCGGUUGCAUCGGAAGAGAGAAAAAUGAUAGUCAGUAAUGUGGAGCAUGGAUCAGUCAACUUCACUGACAAUUUACUUUAUUUCACGAAAUAUACGAAGAAUCUUAGAAUGCUUUCCUGGAUUUCGUUUUUAGAACCACCUUUCGUUUCAUUAAAAACUGUCAAUGAAAAGAAAAACUUAAGAAAACUGAACUGA